AUGGCUGAUUUGCAGGGUCGCAAGGUCUUCAAGGUCUUUAACCAGGACUUCGUCGUGAACGAGCAGUACAAUGUCACUAAAGAGCUGGGUCAGGGCGCAUACGGUAUCGUAUGUGCUGCGACCAACGUUCAGACCGGCGAAGGUGUCGCCAUUAAGAAGGUCACCAACGUGUUCAGCAAGAAGAUUCUCGCCAAGCGAGCCUUGAGAGAGAUCAAGCUGCUCCAGCACUUCCGAGGUCACCGUAACAUUACAUGCCUAUACGAUAUGGACAUCCCCCGACCGGACAACUUCAACGAAACAUAUCUCUACGAGGAGUUGAUGGAGUGUGACUUGGCGGCCAUCAUUCGUUCUGGACAGCCUUUGACCGAUGCGCACUUCCAAUCCUUCAUCUACCAGAUCCUCUGUGGUCUCAAGUAUAUUCACUCAGCCAAUGUGCUGCACCGCGAUUUGAAACCCGGAAACCUGCUCGUCAAUGCCGACUGCGAGCUGAAGAUUUGCGACUUUGGCCUGGCCCGUGGCUUCUCCAUUGACCCCGAGGAGAAUGCUGGCUACAUGACCGAGUACGUUGCAACAAGAUGGUACCGUGCUCCAGAGAUCAUGUUGAGCUUCCAGAGCUACACCAAAGCCAUCGACGUGUGGUCAGUGGGAUGUAUUCUCGCCGAACUCCUGGGUGGCCGUCCCUUCUUCAAAGGCCGUGACUACGUCGACCAGCUGAACCAGAUCCUUCACUACCUUGGAACACCAAAUGAAGAGACCCUCGCGCGUAUCGGCUCCCCCCGCGCCCAGGAAUACGUUCGCAACCUGCCCUUCAUGCCCAAAAUCCCCUUCCAGCGACUCUUCCCCAACGCCAACCCAGACGCCCUGGACCUGCUGGACCGCAUGCUUGCCUUCGACCCCUCCUCCCGUAUCUCCGUCGAGGAAGCCCUCGAGCACCCUUACCUGCACAUUUGGCACGACGCCUCCGACGAGCCUACAUGUCCCACCACCUUCGACUUCCACUUCGAAGUCGUCGACGAGGUCCACGAUAUGCGCAAGAUGAUCCUCGAUGAGGUCAUUCGCUUCCGCAGCACCGUUCGCCAGCAGUCUCAGGCUCACGCCGCUCAACAACAGCAGAUGCAACAGCAGACCAAUGUUCCCAUCCCCGACCAGCAGGGCGGCUGGACGACCGAGGACCCCAGACCCCAGGAGGCUGCCGCCGCCAGUGGACACAUGAACGACCUGGAGUCCUCGCUGCAGCGCGGCAUGGAUGUGCACCACUGA